AUGGUGAUCCCAUCUUGGGAAAACCAGACAGUGAUAGUAGAAUUUGUGCUCCGAGGAUUCUCUUCCAUCCUACACCUAAAUAUUUCCCUCUUUGUGAUGUUUUUAGUYUUCUACAUCUUAACUCUUUCUGGAAACACCCUCAUUGUCCUGCUAGUUUUGUUCAACCACCCCCUCCACACCCCCAUGUACUUCUUCCUGGUGAACUUGUCCUUUCUGGAGAUCUGGUACACCUCCAACAUCGUCCCCAAGAUGUUGCUGAUUAUCCUAGCCCAACAGAAGACCAUCUCUGUGGCUGGCUGCCUGGCACAGUUCUACUUCUUUGGAUCUUUGGCUGCCACCGAGUGCCUCUUGCUUGCUGUGAUGUCCUAUGACCGCUACCUGGCCAUCUGCCAACCUCUCCGCUACCCCCUCCUCAUGACUGGCCCCCUCUGCCUCAGGUUGGCUGCUGGUUCUUGGCUCUCCUGCUUCCUUCUCACAUCAAUCACCCUGGUCCUGCUGUGUAGACUCACCUUCUGUGGACCUAAUGAAAUCGAUCACUUCUUUUGUGACUUCACCCCUCUGGUCCAUCUUUCCUGCGUGGACGCCUCACUGACUGAGACCAUUGCCUUCGCCACCUCUUCUGCAGUGACUCUGGUCCCAUUUCUCCUCAUCACAGCCUCCUACUCCUGCAUCCUUGCCUCUAUCCUAAGAAUCUCAUCCGGCAUAGGCCGGAGGAAGGCCUUCUCCACCUGCUCUUCCCACAUCAUGGUGGUCACGGUGUUUUAUGGGACACUGAUUGCCACUUACCUCGUACCCUCAGCCAACUCUUCCCCACUCUUGYGCAAGGGGUUCUCUCUGCUUUACACCAUCCUGACACCCAUGUCCAACCCCAUCAUCUACAGCCUGAGGAAUAGAGACAUCCAUGAAGCUCUGAAGAAGUGUUUGAGAAAGAAAUCUGGUUCACUCAGAUGA